GGGAGACCAGGAGAAGAACCUGGCUCCUGGCUUCGCAGCGCGCUGGCCACGGCGGCCAUUGGAGGGUGAACCAACAGUAAAGGAAGACCUUUCUCUCUCUCUCUCUCUCACUCACUGUCCACUCUGCCUGUCCAAAAAAAAAAAAAAAAAAUGCUAUGACUACUCUUCAGCAGCCUCUAAGGAACGCAUGCCAAGUGUCUGGCUAGGGCCUCCACGAGGAGGAUACAAAGCUUUGGUCUAUAAGCAAAUUACUGCAGUUCGUGGAAGGAGAAGUGACGUGUCCCCUAGAUUUCCUUUCAGUAUUCAGAUGGUGUUCUGUGUCUUGUUAUUUCUUGUAGUCAGCAUCAAUUCUUGAAAUGUGGCUUUGUUGUUAACAGCGCUUUAUUUGGGAUCAUUUCUAAAGAUAAGUAGUAGCAAAAUUUUAGAUCCUGCAUCUUAUCUUAUGUAUACACUAUGUAUACACAAUGUUCUGAUCAUUCACAGCAACCCCUUGAAAUGGAUGUUAUUAUUUAUUUCUUCAGUAGUGAAAUAGGGUUCAGAGGUUAAGUACUUUUAGCCCUGGUCACUCACCUCUCCACCAGGAUAUUGAACCUAUGUUCCUCUCAGCAAAGCUUGUCUUGUUAACCAUUUUUCACUGCUUCUUGAGUUUGAGUUAAUUAACGUUUGCUGAUUAAAGUACACAUGUAUAAAAUACAGAUUGUCCUCCAUCUACUUAAAGUCAGGGCUUUGUUUUCCAUUCUUCCAUUCAGAUCAGUACAUGUGAUGAGGAAAAUGAUCAUAGGCUUUAAUGAGGCAUCUUUGCCGUUAGUUUUCGUAAGUAAUUUAGUACUAGUAAAUGCUUACCUGAAACCUGUCCUCUUUUAUGAUCUGAUGAACAGAUUUGUGGUAUACUGUUGAAAUUGUGGGAAUUUGGAAUCAGAUCUGUCCUUUGUCUCUCAGGCAUUUCACUAUUGGACAAACCAGAUUAGAUUAUGGAAGCUUAGAGAUGAGCAAGGUCACAGAGCUGUUGGGAGCUGAAAGUGCUGACAGCAUAGGUGCUGUGCUAAACAGCAAAGAUGAGCAGAGAGAAAUUGCUGAAACGAGAGAAACUUGCAGGGCUUCUUAUGAUACCUCUGCUCCAAAUGCAAAACGUAAGUACUUGGAUGAAGGGGAGACAGAUGAUGACAAAAUGGAAGAAUAUAAGGAUGAACUAGAAAUGCAACAGGAGGAAGAAAAUUUGCCGUAUGAAGAAGAGAUUUACAAAGAUUCUAGUACUUUUCUUAAGGGAACACAGAGCUUAAACCCCCACAAUGAUUACUGCCAACACUUUGUAGACACUGGACAUAGACCUCAAAAUUUCAUCAGGGAUGUAGGUUUAGCAGAUAGAUUUGAAGAAUAUCCUAAACUGAGAGAGCUUAUCAGGCUAAAAGAUGAGCUGAUAGCUAAGUCUAACACUCCUCCCAUGUACUUACAAGCAGAUAUAGAAGCAUUUGACAUCAGAGAACUAACACCCAAGUUUGACGUGAUUCUUCUGGAGCCCCCUUUAGAAGAGUAUUACAGAGAGACUGGUAUCACUGCUAAUGAAAAAUGCUGGACUUGGGAUGAUAUUAUGAAGUUAGAAAUUGAUGAAAUUGCAGCCCCCCGAUCAUUUAUAUUUCUUUGGUGUGGUUCUGGGGAAGGAUUGGACCUUGGGAGAGUGUGUUUACGCAAGUGGGGUUACAGAAGAUGUGAAGAUAUUUGUUGGAUUAAAACCAAUAAAAACAAUCCUGGGAAGACUAAGACUUUAGACCCAAAGGCUGUUUUUCAGAGAACAAAGGAACACUGUCUUAUGGGGAUCAAAGGAACUGUGAAGCGUAGCACAGAUGGGGACUUUAUUCACGCUAAUGUUGACAUUGACUUAAUUAUCACAGAAGAACCUGAAAUUGGCAAUAUAGAAAAACCUGUAGAAAUUUUUCAUAUAAUUGAACAUUUCUGUCUUGGUAGAAGACGCCUUCAUCUGUUUGGAAGAGAUAGUACAAUUCGACCAGGCUGGCUCACAGUUGGACCAACACUUACAAAUAGCAACUAUAAUGCAGAGACCUAUGCAUCCUAUUUCAGCGCUCCAAAUUCCUACCUGACUGGAUGUACAGAGGAAAUUGAGAGACUUCGACCAAAAUCACCACCUCCCAAAUCUAAAUCUGAUAGGGGAGGUGGAGCUCCCAGAGGUGGAGGAAGGGGUGGAACUUCUGCUGGCCGCGGGAGAGAAAGAAAUCGAUCCAACUUCCGAGGCGAGCGAGGUGGCUUUAGAGGGGGCCGUGGAGGGGCGCAUAGAGGUGGCUUUCCACCUCGAUAACUUUGGAAGACACUGAUCCUGUUAAAGCCCUCCUACCCUUCAUUAUCGUUUGAAUUUGUUGGCAGACUUACUUCAGAACUCAAUUCCAGCUCACAUUUUGCUUUAGUUUCUCUGAACUGCCAGGAAUAGCUUCGUCAACCUCCACUGGAGUUGUCACACACACUCUCUGGAUUUGUGCAGGACAGUGAGUGAUUCUGCCUCUUGUCAUGUGCAGGUCAUGGAAUAGAGUACAAGUCUCUGUCUUCAGAGAGUGACUAUAUUCUGAUGGAUUCCCGCUAACUAUAAGGACUUUGCUUUUUUGAAGCAGGUGAUCAAUGAAAAAAAUUCAGUGUAUGCUAUUGUACUGGUGCUGACAGGAGUUGAUAAUGACAGGAGCCUUGACAGAAUGAAGUUGGGACAGGUCAUAAGCUUUUGUCAGGGCUUUGGUAUUUUCUUGAUGAAAAUGUGGAAGUAGACUUUUUUCUUUGUUUUUUAAAUCGUAAGUGAACUCAAAUACAAUUUGACCACUGAAGAAAUUGACUUUGAAGAAAAUCACCCCGCAAAUCUAAAUCUGAUGAGAGAUAGAGCUCUCAGUCUCCAGCAAAGAAAAAGUUAGAGCUUAGUUGGCAAACUUAAAAAAAAAAAGGAAAUUAAAAAGCUCAUGAUAAUCUGAAUUUUGUAGCUACCUAUGACUCAUAAUCAAACUUAAGAAGCAAACAAGGACAAAUAUCCAAGCGCUAGGACUCAGUUGUAGACUUGAACUUGGAUUGACCAUCAGAGCAAUUUCAUAUUCCUUAGCAAAUAUAAGUGUCAGAAGCAACAACAGAGAAUUGAUUAUCAGGUGCUUAGUUGAAACAUUUCGAGAAAUAAAGUGAUGUACAUGAUGAGGAACUACAUACAUCUUUAAACUUGUUUUGGAGAAAAUUUAAUGUGCUAGCAAUGACAGAAAACCCUGAACUUAGAGUACAGCUUGGAAAAUUGAAUUCCACUUGCCAUUUACUAAAACCAUAUGGCAUGUUGUUUGUUUUUAAGGGGUCAGUUGUGCAGAUCAGCUAAUUGUGUAAGACUUUAUGCUAUCAUUUCUCUUUAUAUUGUAACUCAUGUUUUAAAUGAAUUUGCUGAAUGAAAUAAUACCAUUACUGUUCUUGAUAAAUACAUUUUUUUAUUUUAUUAUUUUCCUAAUGAAAAUUUAAAUAUCUUAAAGUUGAGAGUCUGUUUUCUGUAAGUGGAAUUAAUGUCAUUCCAAAUGAAAUCAAACUAAAAGCAAACUCAUCUUUUGGUCUGUGAUGGAUUACAGUGGCAACUCAUUUCUUGUAACUAGAAUGAAGUUAUAUUAUAUCCAGUCAAUGUUACCAGAUGACUGAACAAUAUAGGGUUGAGACCUUAAAAGCCUGAUUUUUUUUUUUUAUCUAUUUAUUUGAAAGGCAGAGUUACAUAGAAAGAGGGAAAGAAAGAUUUUCCAUCUACUGGUUUGAUACCCAAACGGCCACAACAGGUGGGCCAGGCUGGAGUCAGGAACCUCAUCCAGGUCUCUGACAUGGGUGGCAGGGUCCCAGGUACUGCUUUCCCAGGUGUAUUAGUGGGGAGCUGGAUUGGAAGUGGAGCAGCUGAGAUGAACUGGAAGCGCAUACAGGAUGCCAGCAUUGCAGGUGGUGACUUAACCUGCUUUGCCAUAGCACCAGCCCCCAAAAGCCUGAUUGAUUUAACUUGCUAAGCCUAUUGGUACUUUCUACAACAGAUACUAACACCUCUCUUGAUGUAGGUAUUGUGCCUUAAAAAAGAUUUGCUGAAAUUAUGCUGUUUCUAAGUCAGUAAUUAUACACUAUCUAGUAGCAAAAAUAUGUAUCUCAAGAGUUGAGCUGGAAAGGAAGAGGCUAGAGAAAAGUUCCAACUGCCUACUGGUGGGCCCAUAAGUGUGUCAGCUAAGGAGUGACAUUGUUCUACAUACAGGACUGUGCUGUGUUCCACACUUGGGCCUACACAAAGGAAGACAAUUCCUAGGGCUUACUUGGCCAGUGUGCCUUGAAGUCUUUCUCGCAAUGUCAUUUUGCAGUCAGACAGGAAUGGCUUCUUUGUACAGUGAAGGUUAAAAGGAGCCACAGGCCACCAAGCCAGGAGCUUCAUCUGAGUCUCCCACGCGAGUGGCAGGGGCCCAAGCACUUGGGCCAUUAGCAGGGCAAUGGGUCAGAUGUGGAGCAGCCGGGACAUGAACUGGCACCCAUAUGGGAUGCCAGCUCUGCAUGCAGCUGCAGCUUUAACUUCUGUGCCACAACACAGGCCCCCAUCUGGCCUUUUAACAAAGGAUAGAAUUAACCCACUAGUUCUACUGUCCCCUUUCAGUAAAUGCUAUGGUAUUAUAUUACAAUAGAAUGUUUAGUCGCUGAAAAAGGGUUCUAUUCCAAUGAAAGCUCAUUACUCUGACCUCUUCUGAUUUUUGAUUCACUUUAAAUUUGCAUGCCUCUCCUUUCACAAACUUAUGUAGAAAUUUUCAAUUGCAUCAGAUUUCCUUAUUGGUAAGGUUUGACUGUAGCGGCCAUUUGGGGAGUGAACCAGCACAUGAAAGACCUCUCUCACUCUGCCUCUCCUUCUCUCUCUGGGUAACUCUGACUUUCAAAUAAAUCUUUAUUUUAGGCCGGCACCUUGCGGCGCCGGCACACCAGUGUUCUAAUCCCGGUCGGGGCACUGGAUUCUGUCCCGGUUGCCCCUCUUCCAGGCCAGUUCUCUGCUGUGGCCUGGGAGUGCAGUGGAGGAUGGCCCAAGUCCUUGGGCCCUGCACCCCAUGGGAGACCAGGAUAAGCAUCUGGCUCCUGCCAUUGGAUCAGCGCGGUACGCACCGGGCGCAGCGCGCCGGCCGCGCCAGCCAUUGAAGGGUGAACCAACGGCAAAAGGAAGACCUUUCUCUCUGUUUCUCUGUCUCUCACUGUCCACUCUGCCUGUCAAAAAUAAAAAAUAAAUAAAUAUUUUUUAAAAAAUUCCCUGGUUUGAGUCUAGCUACUUUUUUUUUUUUUUUAAAGAGUUAUUAUUUGAAAGAGAAAGAGAGGGAGAGACACAGAGAGGUCAUCCACCUGCUGGUUCACUCCCCAAGAUGGCUGCAAUGGCCAGAGCUAGGCCAGGCCAAAGUCAGGAGCCAGAAGCUUCUUCCAGGUCUCCCACUUACGUGCAGGAACCCAAGCACGUGGGCCAUCUUCCACUGGGCCCUUAGCAAGGAGUUACAUCAGAAGUGGAGCAGCCAGGACAUAAAACCAGCACCCAUAUAGGAUGCUGGCAUCGCAGGCGCAACUCCACAAAGCCGGCACUGGCUACUCUGCUUCCUUUUCAGCAUCAGCUGAAGUGCACCCUGGGAGACAGCAGGUGAUGGUUUAAGUACUUGCAUCCCUGUUACCCAUAAGGGAGACCCAGAUUUAGUUCCAGGCUCCUACUGUUUAGCCUGGUUCAGCCAUCGCUGUUGGGAACAUCUUGGGAAGGAACCAGCAGGUAUAAGAUCUCUGUCUGCCUUUGAAAUGAAAUCAAAGUGAUUUAUAAAAAAAACUUCUACAAAAGAUCUUAAGAUUGCAAAUCUUCAAGUCAGAAGAAUCUUGUUUUUACAGGUAUAGAUUAUUUUAAUCUUAAAAAGCAUACCCUAAUAUUUCCUGCAGUACUUAGAUACUCUUGAGACUGCAUCUGCAGUCACUGCUACAAUUUUUCUUACUUAGACAUGAAUAAUUUUGUCUCCCAAAACAGAUUUUGUUCUUUAUGUGAUUUGGAACGGUUUUCAUGUAUUAAAUUUCAAUGAUGAUGGCUCUGGAAAGCACAUUUUGGAAUGAGGCAAGUUCAGCCUGGACAACAGACAUGUGAGAGCCUUUGAACUACUUGAAACCUGCUAUCAGGUGGAGAAGUUCACCUUUGGGCUCAAAAGACACAGAACUUGUACCAAAAGGAGAAUUUUCAAGGGAACGGUUUACUGCUUAUAAGUUUCUAACAAACAGAAUCAUUCAUAAAUGGUUGCUUGGGACAAAGCACCUCAUCCAUUUCUCCAGCAGAGGCCAGGAAAACCCCCAUUAGAUAUUAAGACUAGGGAUUUCUGCUGCCUCUUCUCUAAGAUUUUUUUUUUUUUCCCAGUAUUACAUCUUGUGUUUUCACCGAUUAAAAUUUGCAGUCAAUUCCCCUCCAAAGCAUUGCUUUUUCUGGUGGAUACUGACUAUCAUUUCUAGACGGAAGGUUUAGACACACUAGUGUAUCUUACCUGAUAGAACUGAAGUUCAAUUUCAGAUAAUCUAACCAUGUUAAAAAAAUCACUUUAAAUUUUUAUCUUUGCUAUUUAUUGGUUUAUUAAUACAGAAACAUGUGUCCAUCUGUCCAAACAAUAAAAAGUACCAUUACCAGGCCAUUUCUAACUAGUCUUCAUUCUGUGGCCUGGGUUAGAGUUCUGGAGAGUGAAGUUCAGGCCAUUUAGUGCCCUCAAAGAAGUACCCUGUUAAGUGAGUGAAUUCCUAUUGUUUCAUAACAAUUCCUCUUCAUUUAAAAUACAAAUUCCUGAAUUACUGAGGUUUUGGUUUGUAAUUUAAAGCAUCUUAGUCUACAGCUUUCUCACUGGUGAGUUUAUUAUAAUCUCUGAAACCAUUUGUUAAUUGGACAUUUUUAUAGCACUUAAAAAUAGCUGCUUGAUUUUUUAGGAUUUCAACUAGGGUACUCAGGGCAUAGCAGCAAUUACACUUAAGAGUCAGCUUAGUCCUACUUUUCAAGAUCCUUAGCAAGUUAAAAACAUUAACUGUGUCAAACACUGUUCUAAGUCCUUUACAUUUAUUCACUUAAUGCUUGAAACACAGCAGGAAAACUGAGACACAGAAAUGUUUCUAACCUGCCCUGGAUGACACAGCUAGUGUCAUUUGUUGGUUCCAGAGCCCAUACUCUUAGCCUUCAUCUUCUACUGCCUCUCAAGGCCAGGGGAGAGAGAGGGAGUAGAAUACUGCAGAACAGCACUUUGCACCAUUUUUGGCAAAUGAUCAUUCAGGACCCACGGGAACCUUUCUAUUAUAUUUUGGGUUUCUCCUACCAUUGAAAUAGUCACUUGAGAUCACAUUUGCUUUCAUCUCACCACUAAUGUAUAAUGACAAACACCCUAAGUAUUUCUUUUUAAUACCCACGGCUUCCAAGAAGACUCUCUUGCAUGUGCAGUUAUUAAAUGGACAUAUAUCUAGGAGCAGAUAUUUCUUCUUAUUAAACCCAUUCACUCUGUAGCAGCUUGCUCUACAGUGAAUGUGGAAGGGGUUUUAAUCCUCUCAGGGUAUUUGUUAAUCUACUCCAUGACAUCUACUAAUUUAUAAACCAACCUUACUGAUGAUAUAAUAUAAUAGACAGGCACUAAACUGCUUCAGGCCUGUGUCUCUUACAGGUCAACAGGGGGCUGACAAUAGGAUUAAGGUUGCUGUAAGAUAAAUGUGUAGGUGUUCACAAAAUAUGCAGCACAGUUCUUGGGAUGUGAUAUGUACUCAACAUGCUUUUAUCUAUUAUUUAUUUGCAUCCUUGAUAACAAGGUUGAACAGGCCAGUUAUAUGGAAGAUGCCUGCGCUACACCACUCAAAGCCACUCUGCUAGGUUUAUGUAUAUAUUCAUCAACAAUGGCCUCAUGUAGCCUGAUUCUAUUUUGCCCACAGGGCACGUUAGAGAACUUUUAACAUGCCGUUCUAAGGUACACUGUGGUAUUUUCUAUAUUUAUUACCUAAAACUCUUCAACUGUCAAAAUUUUGGUUUCCUGAUUUGCUCCCAAUGAUCCAACCAAAUAAACUGUUUU